UAAAGCCAGUGACUCGGAGUCGAUGCCGGCUUAUUAGCGUGGUGGUAGUGGUGUGCUGUGCUGAGUGCUGGAGGUGCUGUUACCCUCGCAUAACAACGGAUUUAUAAUUCAGCCAUGGGAAAGCCAACAGGUGCAAAGGCUGUGAUAGGGCUGCACGACAUCACGGACAACCGCAACAUCUGGCGAAUGCUGUCAGCUGAAUUCUUGGGUACGUUCUUCCUCGUCUUGGUUGGCUGCAGCAGUAUCACUCCUUGGGACGGCUCUCCCAGCGUCGUGCAGAUCGCCUUCACUUUCGGACUGGCCGUUGCCACGAUAGUGCAGGCUGUGGGCCACGUGAGCGGGUGCCACAUCAACCCAGCCGUCACGUGCGGAUUGUUCAUCUCCGGACACGUCAGCAUUCUGAAGGCCCUCUUUUACAUCAUCGUUCAGUGCAUCGGUGCAGUUGCCGGAGCCGCUGUGUUGGAGGUUCUGACCCCGAAAGACGUGAGGAACUCGCUCGGCAUGACGACCAUCAGUGGCCUCGUGACUCCGCUUCAGGGUUUCUUCAUGGAAGCGCUGAUCACUUUCGUUCUGGUGCUCACUGUGGAGGCUGUGUGUGAUGACAGGCGAACCGACGUGAAGGGAUCGGCCCCCCUGGCCAUCGGCCUCUCCAUCACCACCUGCCACCUUGGAGCAAUAAAAUACACAGGUGCCAGCAUGAACCCUGCCCGUACAUUUGGGCCUGCCGUUAUAACAGGAUCGUGGGACAAUCACUGGGUGUACUGGGCGGGCCCCAUCCUUGGCGGUCUGGUGGCCGGAGCAGUGUACAGGUUCUUGUUCCAGGCCAGGAAGGGGGAGGACGAGACAAGCUCGUAUGACUUCUGAUCAUUUAUUCUCACCGCACAUCAUUAAACUGUCAUUGUAUAAAAUAUUUUGUACUAUAUAAAUCGAAGAGAGAGGGAGAGAGGGAGAGAGUUCCGUACAGACGAUCAACUCCGCCCGCCAUGUUCAAUAGCUCACUCUUAAGCUUCUCUGAGUAUGUGAAGUCAAUGCAGGAAGAAAGAAGCCAAGAGUAGACAUAAGCGUCUCCAUUUUCUUUCUCGCAUAGACCCUACACAUCUCUGCGAAAUUUGUAUUAUCUGCUGAAAGUGCAAUGUACAUAUAAACUUUAUAUUUAAAUGACAUCAGUAAGUCACAUGAGGCCUCUUUUCAACAAGGAAGAAAUCUGUUUAUAUGCCGCAAUUUAUAACCUUUAAAGUGACGACUGAAAUGGCCUAUAUUUAGAUAAGAGACUUUCUAUAUAAUCCACAUUCAGUGCACGUUAAAUAUGGCUACAAUUUAGAAUUCUGAAACUAGAGUAAUUAAGAGCCUAGAAGAACUAUACAGACAUGCUAACUAUGGUCUGUCCCUGAGUUGACGUGUAUUUCUACGACCAGCUCUCAUACGAAAUGAGCGAGUUUCAGGAGAGAAGUUGUAGAAUGAGCCUUAUGUUUUCUGUUUCCAAACAAAGCUUCAAGAAUCUCAGUUCAUCAUCAAAGUAUUUUCCUUUGUAAUUAUAUCACACCGUAUAAUUAAAACAUAUUUAAAAUUUAUAAAGUAGUGAAUAAAUACUCAGUUAUAUAAAAAUUAAAUAGUAUAUUGUGUUCUGUUGAAAUAUAUUUGUUAGAUUUUUCCAAAAAGGUAUUUGUCAAAGACUGAUUGUAUUUUGAUCUACUGCACUUGCGUUCUUAAAAAAAAGCGUCGUUGGGCUGCAGUUACAUAUGUAACACAAGAAUUAGUAAAUAUUUUUCUGCGACAUUUAAACAAGUUUGUCAGACUGUGGAGGAUAUAACACACAAGUCUGAGGUAGCAGUUGCAAUAUAUAUAAACUGAAUGAUACUUGUAAAACUCUCUAUGUAACGACAAACUCCAAGUUCGAAUCUCCGAGUGCAGCGCUUGCGUGGACAGACUCCGAAAGUAUAUUUCCGCGGUAAGGAGCUGGCUGGAGAACUUGCACCUCAUGCUGAUUAACGCUCGAGUGCUUCGCCAUAAAGUGGUGUAUAGGCCUAGUAAGCAAUAAAUUAUUAACAAGUUCUACAUGCGGUGUUGCACCCUAUUAGAAUUUAAGUGAGUUGUAUUUGAUGCAAUAAACAACUUCAGUCUACAUUAAAUAUAAUGCGGCUUCCAUUGAUAAAGGGAGUAAUAUUCUCACAGCCGUCGUACACCAGCGGAAGUCGUUUACCACGGCAUUCCUCUGACUAAAAUGAAACGUACAAUUACACAUUACAUUGUGGCAGCAAUUAAGCGAAAGUGAGUGUCCCUGAUUAAGAAAUGUAAUAUUCCUGCAAAACUUGAUCUAAAUAAAUGUCAGUCUGGUUCUUCAGA